AUGGCCAAGUCCUUUCGAUUCGUUCAAAGCGAGAACAUCGCCACCAGAGAAGCCCACACCGUCAACGCCGUCGAAGUCGAAGUCCUCCAAGACAACUACCGCAUCGAAACCAUCCGCGCCGUCAAAAACCAGCACACCUUCCGCGUCAAAGCCAGAGAAUCAGAAAAAUCGAAAUCUGAAAAGGCCGAGAAGUCGUCUAAAUCGGAGAAGAAGUCAAGUUCGCGACCGAAGACACCACCGACACCCAAAGCCGCCGCGCCACCAAAGAAAGCUCCAGAACCCAAGCCCUCCACCCCGUCACGCAAGAAGACCGAGUCGAAACCCGCGCCCAAACCUAAAGAAGCCUCGCGCCCUAAGCUUGAUGCUCGCACCUCCUCGUCGCGACCAAAGAUGGAGCGAACGUCCUCUUCCUCUUCCCUCGAAGACGACGAAUACAGCGAUCUACGCGCCGCCUGUCUCCGCGAAGCAUCCAACGUGACGGGUCUCAAAGGCAAGAACCUAGCGAUCUCGCUGCGUCAGCGCUCUUCUGGCGGCUGGUACGCAGCGCUGAAAGAUGUUGGUGCGGAUAAAUACUUGAAGAUGUGGAUGAAUCGCGAUAAGACUUUCAAGACGCAAGAUGAGGCGCUAGAGGCAUAUUUGGUGUUUGUUAAGAAGAUGAACACCGACAUGAAGCUCUUUGGACCCAUGAGCCCCAAACUUGGAUCUGGGAAGAGCAAGGGCUUCUUCUAG